CGUGUGGACCGCCAACGAAGGACCCCUGUCCGAAUUCAUAUACUACCACCAUGAGAUGGUUCUGAUCAACGAAUUCCCCACCAAGGUGAUCCUUUUCUGCCAAGUGCCGCCGCCGGAGGGCGGUGAGACGCCCUUCGUGCCGAGCUUUCGAGUCACGGAGAGAAUGCUUGAGGAGUACCCCGACAACGUGAGGGAGAUGGAGGAGAAGGGACUGCGAUACACCUUCACUGCCGUCAGCAAGAACGACACCACCUCCAUGAGGGGAAGAGGAUGGGAGGAGGCCUUCGGCACAUCCGAUCCGGUCGAAGCAGAGCGAAGGGCCAGGGCACUGGGAAUGAACAUCGAGUGGCUCCCAAACGGCGGGGCGACGACCAUCUUGGGGCCGCGGCCCUUGACUCGGGUCUUCCCGGGGAGGAAGGCAAGGCGCAUGUGGUUCAACACCGUCGUCGGCAUGCAUGGCAAGGAGACCAGCUCGGCGACCAUGGCGGACGGGUCGGAGAUACCCGAACACGUCGUGAAGAGGUGCGGCGAGAUCAUCGAGGAGGAGAGCGUGCAGUUCAAGUGGGAGGAAGGGGACGUGCUCUUCUUGGAUAAUCUGGCCUUGCUCCAUGGGAGGCGGCCUUCGCUGCCGCCGAGGAAAGUCCUCGUUGCCACCUGCAAGUGAACUGGUCCUUCCAAUAGCCAACAAUAAAAGAUCAACUGUGUUAAGCAUCAA